AUGGCGAGAGCAGGGCCUCAGCCACUGCAAAAGCCAUACUCCUGUCCAGACUGGACCAGAGCAGAGCACCAGAAACAUGCCGGAAACGACAAGCAAAUGGAGGAGUUCAGCCAUCAUAGACCCCGCAGCCCACCGUUACACAAGCUGGCUCCCCACAAACUCGGCCUUCCACAAGCUCGAAGUACAGAGGGAUGGUCCGUGCGGAUCCUACUGGGCAUACGCCACAACAACUACUGCGCUCAGAAGCCCCAAAGUCUGCGGGGCAUCGGCUGA